AUUAUUUAAACAACAAUAAUUAAAUCAAUGACAUUGACUUAGCAGUAGGUACUGGCGGUACUGCACUUUUUGGUCAAUUUAAAAUUUAAAACUUGUAAUAACAUCAUACUCGUCAUAGAUAACUUCGUAAAUACUAGAUACUAACUAGGUACCAAUUUUUAAUGAAAUUUCAUGAAACACUUGAAUUUUACACGAUAAAUGUACAGAGAUAGACCAUAAUAUGAAUAAUAUAUUUGAAGAAAGUAGUAGAGUAUGUGAAUAUGAUGACAAUUAUGUUGCUACUAGUUUCAGACGUCCCAUCAUUGAUGAAGAUGGAGUUGAAGUAUCAAAAAACUUGUAUGGUGAAAAAAGUCCACUUGUUAACAAGACAGUUCCUAAAUCUAUAACAACAGCUCAACGAAUUGCUGCUGAGAGCAUGGAAUCUCAAGUACAAACUCAAAAAGGAAAUCAGUAUUUGGCCGCAUUAAUUGUUACUAUUGGCGGGUUCAUCAUGGGUACGACACUUGGAUGGACAGCUCCUGCAGGUCCUAUGAUGGAAAAUGGCCAAUAUAAAUUCCAAAUUACUGUGGAAAAUGUUUCAUGGAUAGCGUCAGUCAUGCCACUUGGUGCCAUGCUUGGAUGUCCAGUUAUGGCUGGUCUAGUCAACAAAUUAGGACGUAAACAUCUUAUGAUAAUGUUAACCAUACCUACACUUGCUGGUUGGGCAAUGAUAAUAUGGGCUAAAUCUGUGGUAUGGAUUUGUGCCGGAAGAUUUUUAACUGGAUUUUCUAGUGGUUCAUACUCUGUUAUUAUACCUCUCUAUACUUCAGAAAUAGCUGAAAAGGAAAUUCGUGGUACUUUAGGUACUUAUUUUCAAUUACAAGUUAAUGCAGGAAUUUUGUUCACAUAUGUCAUGGGAUCCUAUCUUGAUGUAUUUGGUCUAUCUGUUGCUUGUGCAAUCAUUCCAGUGAUUUAUUUAUACUUGAUGUUUUUAAUACCAGAAAGUCCAAUUUUCUAUCUUAUGAAAGGAAAUGUUGAAAAAGCUCGGUUAUCACUGAAAUAUUUCCGUAAACCUGUUGAUUGUGUAGAUCAAGAAUUAAAUACCAUGCAGAGUGCAUUAGCUAAAACUGAAAGGGAAAGAGUUCCAAUCAUGGAAGCAUUCCAAACUACACCCGCUAAACGAGGAUUGUUCUUGGGUCUUGGAGUUAUGGUUUUCCAACAGUUUAGUGGAUGUAAUGCUGUUAUAUUCUAUGCUACAACCAUCUUCAAUGCAACUGGGAGUUCAAUUUCAUCAAAUACCUCCACAAUUAUUAUUGGCAUAAUGGCUGUAGUAUCUACUUAUGUAUCUACACUAGUUGUUGAUAAAUUGGGACGAAAAAUUUUACUGUUGUAUUCUGUUAUUGCAAUGGGAAUUUGUACAUUCCUUAUUGGUGGAUUUUUUUAUGCAAAAGAAUCCAAUUUCAAUAUUUCAUAUAUUGGAUUUAUUCCAUUGAUGUCUUUAUGUAUAUUUAUAAUAUUAUUCUCCAUUGGUUUUGGUCCAAUCCCAUGGAUGUUAAUGGGUGAAAUAUUCCCAGCUCAAAUUAAAGGUAUUGCUAGCUCAAUAGUUUGCAUGUCAAACUGGCUUUUUGUUUUCUUGGUUACCAAAUUUUUCACAUUAUUGGUAUCUGCGAUUUAUUUAUACAACACAUUUUGGCUAUUCACAUUAUUCAGUGUAUUGGGAACAUUCUUUGUGGUGUUUAUUGUGCCUGAAACCAAAGGCAAGACCAUGGAAGAAAUUCAAGAACUGCUUGGAGCUGAUCUUAUUCCACUAUUAACAGAAAAUCAUAAUGACGUCUAUGAAUAAUAUAUUACAUAAUAUUUGAACUUUAAAAUUAAACAGUUUUAUAUUAUUUAUCCACCAGUCAUCAUUUAUUAUUAUUAUAAAAUUAUGUAUGAUUAUUUAUAAAAAUAUUUGCAUGUUUUUAACAAUAACAAACAUUUAAUUUUUUACCUGUUUUAGUAUGUUUUAAUUAUUGGAUCUGUUUAAAUGGUUUUAAAAUGUUUUCUAUUACCUAAAUUUUUUAGUUUAAUAUUUAUUAUUUUACUUAUAUUUUUAUACUGACUAUCUUAAAGCUUUUGAUGUGAUGAAAUUUUUUAGUUUUUAGCUUAAAUUUCCAAUCUUUGGAUCAUUUCCAUGGAUUAAAUAUAUUAUCCACUGCUCCUAUUAUUAUUAAUGUAUUUCUAAUUAGUGUGCCAAUUUAAAUCUGUGAUACCUCAAGACUUUUAUUGUAUAAAAACAUGUAUGUAAUUUAAUAUAUUAAUGUAUACAUUUUAUGAGUACCUA